AUGAUUCGAACUAAUCCGCUUCACUGCUUGUUAAUUAUCCUCGUUGUUGCCGGUGUAAUUACACUUCCAUUUGCAAGUUUUAAAUUAUUAUUUGAAAUGAAAAAAAUUUUCAGAACAGGCAAAUUUGGUUACAAGAGAGAAGAUUUGGUCUUAGCAUCUGGAAUUCUUUACAAUUCUUGGUGGAGUUUAUUUCUCACAGUUUUAUGGACAUCUUCAAUGACAGGUUUAAAUCAGACGAAAUUAAUAGAUAUCACUAAUAUUCCUACUACAUGA